AUGCACUUCCUUUUGACAAUUGAGCGUGGUUACAGCUUUACCACUACAACAGGAGGCGAAUUUAUUCGUAAUGGGAAAGGGAGCAUCUGUAAACUGGUAUUCAAUUUGAAGCAGAAAAUGAUUAUGUCUAAUUGCAGUCCCGUUUUAGGGCCCUUCUGUAAACCGCCAGAAGGUCAAAUGAUUACCACUGGUGACAAGCGCUUCCGCUGUCCUAGAGCCCUCUUCCCACCCGAUUUGAUGGGUCUAAACGCUACUGCUAUCCACGGUACGACCCAUAACUCCAUCGUGAAGGGUGAUGCGGACAUUCGAGGAGUCCUACAACGAGCAUCAAAUGAUACCACGAAGGAGACUGGUAAAUGGUCUGCUACCAGCAUUCGCAUAACACUCACCGAUUGGAUGGUUUCUGGCUGCAGCAUGCCACCAAAUGUGGUUGUCCGAGAGGUGAUGCAUGCAUCUGCCCCGAUGUUUGCAUCCCUCCAUCUAGCACACACGGAACAGCCGGUCUCCUACGAGGAAGGGAAUUUCGCAUCGGAGGGCACCCGGAAAAAGCCUUGA